AUGGGAAAAAUCAGCAGUCUUCCAACUCAAUUAUUUAAGUGCUGCUUCUGUGAUUUCUUGAAGAUAAAGAUACACAUCAUGUCAUCUUCACAUCUGUUCUACCUGGCACUCUGCUUGCUCACCUUUACCAGCUCUGCCACAGCUGGACCAGAGACCCUCUGCGGGGCUGAGCUGGUGGAUGCUCUUCAAUUCGUGUGUGGACCAAGGGGCUUUUACUUCAACAAGCCCACAGGCUAUGGCUCCAGCAUUCGGAGGGCACCUCAGACAGGCAUUGUAGAUGAGUGCUGCUUCCGGAGCUGUGAUCUGAGAAGACUGGAGAUGUACUGUGCCCCCCUCAAGCCUACAAAAUCGGCCCGCUCUAUCCGUGCCCAGCGCCACACUGACAUGCCCAAGACUCAAAAGGAAGUGCAUUUGAAGAACGCAAGUAGAGGGAGUACGGGAAACAAGAACUAUAGGAUGUAG